AUGUCUACCACUUUCUAUAUGAACAUUAGCCAACUAUUCGAUGUCAGCCCCGACCUUACUUCAGAAUGUAUUGGCACCAGCUCAAAGAAUAACGCAUUUCACCGUCAAAUUUCAGCAAAUACCCGCGCAGGGGCAAGUACGACACUCUAUUCACUUGAACGUCUCGAAUUGAUUGAUGAGCUCUUGAAUCAGCUUCAGUCCAUUGCGGGUAAACUUCUCUGUCACCAACACUAUUUCCAACGAGAUAUAAUGUGCAAGCGGUGGUGUCGGGCUCUCCUCGAUAUAUACAGGAACUCUCUACCGUUUCAUGUACCGGGUGGAUUUCCAGAAGAGGAUCAGACUAUCUUGGCAGCAAUCUUAGAGCUUUGGAGGCUCAAGGUUGACAGUCCAUUCCCGUUGCGAGAGGAGGAAGCGGAGCGGGCACAGGAAGAACGGGCGGAGGAAGAACGAGCAGCCAAACGAGCGGAAGUAGAACUGGCUGAUGAAACGAGGCGAUCUGGGAAACCUAGACAGCCGGGAUAUCAGGAGUGGCCAAAGAAUAGCAGAAUGGCAUGGGAGGAUCUCGAGAAUGUACCCUUUCCAGAUCCACCAUCAUACGGAUGUGGUGAUAAAACCUGUGAAGUAUUCCGAAACAAGUCAAGAGUUCAAUGGUGUAGGCAUGGCUACAUAAUAUAG